GGCGGGCGCAGGGUAACGGCUGCCGGGGCAAUGCGCGGCCGGGGCCGGCGGAGCCGCGGUCGGCCGGGGCCGGCGGGAGCGGCGGCGGCAGCGGAGGAGCAGCAGCAGCAGCCGGAGCAGGCAGUGCCGUCGGCGGCCUGCGCCUCGCCGAGGGUGAACCGGUUCUGCCCGCAGUGCGGGAGCGGCGUGGAGCCUGCCUUCCGCUUCUGCCCGGCCUGCGGACAGAGGCUGCCCGCGCCGCCGCCGCCGGAGGAGGACACGGAGCAGCCAGCGCCGGCCCCGCCGCAGCCCCAGCCCCAGCCCCCCGCCGCCUCCCCGAGGGCUUCCCCGCGGGCUUCCCCGAGGGCUUCCCCAGCCCGGCCCUCGGUGGCGGCGGGGCCCAGCUGCCGCUCGCCCCGCAAGGCGCGGCCCGGGCCGGUGGUGCCGCUGCCGGCCGAGACCGUCCUGACCGACCAGAGCGGCCGGCAGUGGAGGCUGCUGCGGCUCCUGGAGCAGGGCGGCUGCGGGCUGCUCUACGAAGCACAGUCAGCAUCUGGAAGCUGUCCCCAAAAGCCAAGAUACCUCCUCAAACUUGGUGUCAAGGAUGGCAGAAUCUACAACGAGCAGAACUUCUUCCAGCGAGCUGCCAAGGCAGCCACAGUGGAGAAGUGGAAGAAGGGGCACUCGGUGCCGCUGCUGGGGAUCCCCACCUGCCUUGGCUUUGGACUGCAUGCAGACAGCUACAGGUUUUUGGUGUUCUCUGACCUGGGGAGGACUCUGCAGUCUGUGCUGAGUGAUGGCUUACAGCUCCUGAAGGAGAAGGCAGCUUCCCAGCUCGCAGUCAGGCUGCUGGACUGCCUGGAGUACAUCCAUGACAAUGAGUACGUGCAUGGGGACCUCACUGCUGACAGCAUCUACCUGAACCCAGCUGACCUGGCCCAGGUGACCCUGGCAGGCUACGCCUCGGCCUUCCGCUACUGCCCGGGCGGGCGGCACGUGGCCCAGCGGCAGGGCAGCAGGACCCCCCACGAGGGCACGCUGGAGUUCAUCAGCUUGGACAGCCACAGGGGAGCAGGACCAUCGCGCCGGAGUGACUUGGAAUCCCUGGGCUACUGUCUCCUGAAGUGGCUCUGUGGCUCCUUGCCCUGGUCUGAUGAGCUGGACAAAGUACAAACUGUGGUGGAGAAGAAGGAAAAGUACAGGAAGGAUGUGAGAGGCCUUCUCCAGCUGUGCUUCAGGCAGAGAGCCGUCCCAGAUGCCCUGCAGGGCUACCUGCAGCAGGUCAUGGCCCUGGAGUACGAGGAGAAGCCUGACUAUGAGGCCCUGAGGCAGCACUUCAGGAGAGCACUGGAAAAGAUGAAAGCUUCUGCCUAUGACUCUCUGGAUCUCAAAAUGGUGCCCUGACUCAAGAGACCUGGCACUGGAAGAGGCAGAAGCUCUGCAGCCUGAGGCCUUUCCCACAGCUGUUUUACCUCUGCCUUGGGUGCUUUUAGAAGUGUUUUGCCCUUUCCCACCCCCCCUACCUCCUUCC